AUGCUAGAGCCUUCCCGCCUACCAGUUGAACUAUUCGCCAUGGUCAUAGACUACGCAACUGGCGGAAAUAGCGACGUUGCAGCACUCUGCAACUUAUCCCUAGUCUCUCGCCAGUGGUACGCCGCUCUGAACGCUCGAGUGUACUCAAGAUGGUUGUACGAUGGCGAACUUCAUUCAAUUUCGUCUUUGUGGAAAUUUCUUCGAUCUAUACUCCGCCAUAGACGGAUUGCAGAUAGAGUAUAUGAGCUCAAAAUUCGAAAUUGGACGUUUGGACUCGUUCACAGACGUAGUCGUCUCGUCCUCUCUGAAGAUGACCUGGACUUGGCCCAGAACGCAAUUCGCACAGCGGGACUUCAGCGCAUAGAAACCAGUAUCCUUAAAGCCCUCCGGAAGGCAGACCCAAGGGCGUUGAUGGCCCUGCUAUCAGUGAAUCUACGAAAUUUGACGACGCUGUACGCUCAUCUUCCAGAAACGGACAUUUUCCUCGCCGAAGUUCUUCGAAAAGCAGUCGAGAGUCGACGAGAACAACCUCAGAACGACUAUCCUCCUCUGCAUAGUCUCCGCGAGGCCCAUCUUACAAGUGCCUGGAAUUACCGCCAAGAUUUCCGAGCUCGUCAUCAGUACAGGCUCGAGCUCAACCAUCUGUGGCCUAUAUUCCAAUUGCCAAAUAUUCAAAGGUUAUCAGUCUCUGACUUCGAGUCUCUCGGAGCUUCAAAUCGUUUUGGAGACAGUUUUAAAACAUCAAGUAUCACAGAGUUGACCCUUAUCCACUGCCACGACUCCUUGCUUGUAGUUCCGGAUACAAUAGCGCUCCUUACUUUACCGAAGAAAUUGACCAAGUUAUCGUUCUAUCUGAAUGACUGCGACUUGUUCGGAGAUCGUAACCAGAUUUCCAAUGCCGACCUGUGGAACGGUAUACGGCAAUUCGAAGAUUGUAUUGAGCAUUUAGAUAUCUAUCGGGAUUGCACAGGAUUUGAUGUACCAAGUAAUCUAUGCCUAAUGAGACUGCCAAUAUGA